GGCAUCGCCUUUCAGGCCUGGGGCAAGGAGGCAAGAGAUCUCAGCCAAAAUCAAGGUGUUUCCUUUGACACCAAUGGCAGCCCUGUUGGACAGAGAUGGGAGAGAGUUCCACAUCCUCACUCCUGUGCUGGAGAGCGCCGCCCUGUCCAAGGCUGCAGGCACCAAGGUCUACAUGAAACUGGAGAAUGUCCAACCUACUGGCUCGUUCAAGAUUCGGGGGAUUGGCUACUUCUGUCAGGAGGCCGCCAAGAAGGGCUGCAAACAUUUUGUUUGUUCAACAGGGGGGAAUGCUGGCUUCGCCACGGCCUACGCUGCCAAGAAGCUGAGGAUCCCUGCCACCAUCAUAGUGCCAACGAGCACCCCUCAGGCCACAGUGCAGAAGUUGGAAGAGCAGGGGACGGAGGUGCAGGUCUUUGGGAAGGUCUGGGACGAUGCCUACGCAAAAGCCUUGGCGUUAGCAGAUACCGAAGGCUGGGUCAGCGUCCACCCCUUCGACCAUCCUUUGAUCUGGCAAGGCCAUGCCAGCAUGGUCAGGGAGCUGAAGGAUUUGCUAGGCCACAAGCCAGGUGCCAUCGUCCUGGCGGUGGGUGGUGGAGGGCUGCUGGCUGGAGUGGUGGCCGGCCUGCAGGAUGUGGGCUGGCAGGAUGUACCCAUCAUUGCUGUGGAAACCAAAGGAGCUGACAGCUUCAAUGCAGCACUCAAGGCUGGGAGAUUGGUCACCCUCCCAGAGAUAACUAGUGUGGCCAAAUGCUUAGGAGCCAAGACAGUGUCUGCCCGGGCACUGGAAUGUGCCAGCGAAUGCCAGGUCAUCUCCCAGCUGGUGGAGGAUGUGGAAGCAGUCCAAGCCGUAGAGCUGUUCCUGGAUGAUGAGCGGAUGCUGGUCCAGCCAGCCUGUGGAGCCCCUCUGGCCUUGCUCUACAUGGGUCGUGUUCAACAGCUGCAGCGGGAAGGGCACUUGAACCCGGACCUGGACUCCAUUGUCGUCAUCGUGUGCGGGGGAAGCAGCAUCCAACUGGCUGGGCUCCAGGCUCUGAAAACCCAGCUGGGCAUGAAAUGACAGCGGAUUCCAA